UUGGAUUCUCACUUAAAAUUUGGAUAUGUUGACAAAACUUUAUGCAAAGACGGAUGGUCAGGCUGAGGAGAGAGGACAAUGGGCCAGUAAGGUGGAAUUUCUUCUUGCUGUAGCAGGAAAUGUUGUUGGUCUGGGAAAUGUCUGGAGGUUUCCCUAUCUGUGUUACAAAAAUGGAGGGGGUGCGUUCCUGGUGCCUUAUUUGGUGUUCGUGGCCACGUGCGGAGUACCUCUGUUCCUGCUGGAGACCACCAUGGGCCAGUACACCCAGGAGGGUGGUAUCACCUGCUGGAGGAAGCUCUGUCCUUUGGCAGAGGGUAUUGGCUAUGGAGGUCAGCUGAUCCUCUUGUACAGCUGCAUGACCUACCUCAUCAUCCUGUCUUGGGCUUUGCUAUACCUGGUGUUCUCCUUCAGCUCCCAGCUCCCCUGGGCCAGCUGCAACAAUGACUGGAACACAGAUAACUGUGUAGAUUUUUCAAUAAGAAGUAACACAUCUGAAUGGGCCAACCUGAAUCUCACCACUUCUGCUGCCACGGAAUUCUGGGAACGGCGGGUUCUAUCAAUCUCAGGGGGGAUUGAGGAGGUAGGCAGCAUCCGUUGGGAGAUUCUACUGUGCCUCAUUGUUGUGUGGAUCGCCUGCUACUUCUGUAUCUGGAAAGGUGUCAAGUCUACAGGAAAAGUGGUUUAUUUCACAGCUACUUUUCCUUAUGCGAUGCUGUUGAUUCUGCUUAUCCGUGGACUGUCUCUUCCUGGAGCUUCAGAGGGACUGUUGUUUUAUCUCCUGCCUGACAUCGCUCGGCUCAUAGACCCUCAGGUGUGGAUGGAGGCAGGAGCUCAGAUCUUCUUCUCCUACAGCGUGGGUGUGGGCUCCUUAGUGGUGCUGGGCAGUUACAACACCUACAAUAACAACUGUUAUAAAGACUGUCUGUGGCUGUGUUUACUGAACAGUUGUACCAGUGUGGUGGCUGGGUUUGCAGUCUUCUCAGUGCUGGGAUUCAUGGCUCAUGAGCAAGGCGUUCCCAUUGCAGAGGUAGCGGAGUCAGGUCCAGGCUUGGCAUUCAUUGCGUACCCUCAGGCUGUAGCUAUGAUGCCCCUGCCUCAACUGUGGGCCAUCUGUUUCUUUAUCAUGCUCAUCCUUUUGGGUCUGGACACACAAUUUGUGGCCAUGGAAGUGGUGAUGACAUCUAUCAUAGAUAUGUUUCCAUCAGUCAUGCGCCGAACGGGCCGACGGGAAGGAUUCCUCCUCCUCUUCUGCUGUACUUGUUUCUUAGCUCAGCUCGUCAUGGUCACUGAGGGAGGGAUGUUUGUGUUCCAGUUGUUCGACUACUAUGCUUGUAAUGGAGCCUGCAUCCUCUUUCUGUGUGUGUUUGAAUCCCUGGCGAUGGGGUGGAUCUUUGGCGCAGAUAAGUUGUUUGGCAUCAUAAAGGACAUGACAGGCAUGCGAGCCAACAAGUUCUUUAAAAUCUGCUGGCUCUACCUCGCACCGCUGGUGUCACUGGGCACCUUUAUAUGUUCUUUAGUGGAGUACCAGCCUCUGACCUUUAACCGCUGGUACGUGUACCCAGCCUGGGCGUACACAGUGGGCUGGGUAUUAGCCCUGUCCUCCAUCCUGCUUGUGCCCGGAUUUGCACUGUAUAAAUUGAGCACUGGAACCGGGACCCUCAGCCAGCGUUUCCAUCGCCUGUGCCAGUCUGACCCUGACUACUCACCUGCCCAUAAGCAGGAGGCUGAGCUGCAGCAGAUCAGAGAAGCAGCUGUGGAAUAGUUUUAUUGUCAGCUCAUACUGUGUAAGAAGUUACAUAAUCCUGAAAUCUUUGGCAAUUACAUUUUUUUUUUGCAGAAGCAGUCUGUCUACUUCAUACAUGAGCAUCAAAACUUUGGGGAUUCAAUCAGUUUCCAUGACUUUACUUGUUACUGUACCUGUAAAUGCAUAAAAUAACUGCAUGCUGUCACUUCAUUUGUAGAGUACUUUAUUUAAAUAAAACAGAAUAAUGAAAAUAUAUAAUGAACUUUAAGAUUUCAGACACAUGGUUGUCAGCAGUGUCUGAUAAAUGCACAAGCUGAAACAAAUGAAAGCCAUACACAUACCACAUGCAUAAAACUAGCGAAUCAACAUCCUAUAAUACUACUAACACUGUCAAACUCACAAACUCACAGAGCACAAAGUAAAUAAAACAAAUGAGAACAUCAGCACCACCAAUCUGAAGGUUGAUGAAAAGCAAGACAAAGAAUGUCAAUAAAGUGAAAAUGGAUUGGAAAGCAGUGCACGACUCAUUACCUUGGAGAGGUUGACUAUAUAGCUGAAUGCACCUUUUUCCACAGGUUUCCUCUGGGUGCUCUGGUUCCCCCGCCAUCAAAAACAUAGGAUUUCAAAGGUAUGAUAGUUUACUUCUGGUGCCUUGUCCCUGAAUGAGGUACUGGUGUAGAUCUGGAGUUGGUCCUUGGGUCACUGCUCCUAAUGGGAUGCCUUCUGGAGCACUAGAAAAUGGGUAAAAUACAGAGAACACACUUCCCUAUGGAAAUAAUAAACAGUAACUUUAACUGAACUGCUUCUAUUGGUAUGUGAGGGGAACAUACAGUGGUGGAAAAAAGUUUUUAGACACCCCAUGCAUUUGUGAUAUACUGCAUUAAGAACCACUCUGAAGUCACUGAACUCUGCCAAGUAUUAUUCCAUUCUCCAAAUCCACAUUUCUGCACAUGCUCUGUUCCGUCGAGGUCAAACUGGAUCUUUCAGCAGACAAUGGAACACAUUCAUGACAUGACAUGGUGAAACUGUCAAGAAUUUAGUUUUGUUAUUUUUUCUUGUUAACC